GCCAUACUCGUACGUGAAAAACUAUCACGGAGACACCUCCUUUUUCCAUCUCCACUGGGUACCUGUAGGGUAUGCUGCGCUGCCUCGGCCUCCCCAAAUGAGAAGAUCGUCGCAGGGAUCCUUUCUGACUUCCCGAUUCCCAUUUCCCGGUUUUGGGAGAACGGAGAAGCCCUCAGGCGCCUCGACUGUUCUGUCACUUUGACCUCCCCUCCUUCAUCAAGUAAUCCGGGGACAACAGGGUUGGCCCGUUUUCUACAGCAACCACUUCCUCCUUGUCACGCACUUGACCCCGAAAGCUUAUCUGCUGCGGUCCUUGAGCUUACGGGCUCUACGAGUAUUGAGUUUACCUGAGUGUAUGGUGCCUCACGCGAUCAUCUCUGUCCACGUUUUCAACCUAUUCACAAGACGUUGAACAGGAUGUCCAUCACGAAAGAUGAUUCUGCGUCCAAGCCGGGCGUGCUGAAGGAUGUCUUAGUGGUUGGAGAGGCCUUGGAUGAGCCGUUUGAUAAUUUAUUGAAUUUUCGCGAUGUGGGUAAGACAGUGAACAAAUUUCUUGGAGAAAAGUAUGUCAUCUCAAUAGAGCAGGUCCGUUGGAUCCCAAUUGCUAAAACCUUAAUAGACGUGUUACAGAAGGCCUUCUUUACAGAUCCGCAAGACCAGGUAAGCCUAAAUUCUCAUACACUUUGAUGGCUCAGAAUGACUGACAUUACUAGAUGAUGCGACACUACAAGACAGAAAAAGAUUACAAGACGACUAUGGCAUCAAAACCAUCAUGGAUCUCCGCACCGUGUAAGAGCCAGCCCAUCGAGCUCUAAAACUAUACUAACCUACUCAAGCACAGAGCACAAAAAACAAAAGGCAAAGCGCGAAUCCGAUCUUCAAUUUGAACAACUUAUCGAAGCAAAUCCAGCUCUAGCAGAACCCAUGCAAAUCCCAGGCUUGAAUUAUCUGCCAAUUAACAUUAACGGCAAAGGAUUCGAGCACAACCUCCUCUGGCAAUUAUCCUGCUGGAGCUUUCUGUGCGUCCUUAUCCGUUCCCACCAGAUAAAAGAGCAUGCUAACCUAUCUCACCCAGAAAAUUGAUAUUCCUCAUGAUGGUUGGACAGAGGAUGAAAGCCAUCAGCAUCCUAGGUCGAGAAGUCAUAGAACCCCGCGGCUUGAUAGGGCUAGGCUACGAUACUCUUGAUUUCUGUGGUCCAGAAAUUGCAGAUGUAAGUUUCUCAUUCUUUUUCUCCCCAUAUUUGUUACCGAGACUGAUAAUCACAGGCUCUCCGCGCCCUUUCCAAUCCAAAGACUUCACCUGUUCUAAUCCACUGCACGCAAGGCAAAGACCGCACAGGAAUAAUCAUAGCACUUGCUCUCUUUCUCCUGAAAAUCCCUGUUGAAGCUGUAUCUCAGGACUACUUACUCUCUGUCGAGGGACUUGUUUCAGAAAGGGGAUCGAGGCUAGUAGAGAUUCGUGAAAUUGGGCUGGGCGAGGAGUUUGCGGGGUGUCCGACAGGGUGGGUGAAGGCUAUGAAGAAGCAUGUUGAUGAGAAGUAUGAGGGCAUUCAGGGGUAUGUCAGGAGUAUUGGGUUUAAGCAGGUGGAUGAAGAUGGGUUUGUGGAAACUUUUGGUGCCUGAUAAGUGCGGAGGAAUUAGUAGACU